GGGUGUGACUGACUGGGCGUGAGUGUCACAUGCCACCACACACAGCAGUUUGACAACUCGGCGCCUCCACAGGAAAGACACACAAAAACCAGCUAUUAAACAUCUCUGGACCUGCAGGAGACGGACGGCAAUGGCGACCAGUGACAGGCAGGCAACUCUAGAAUCGUGGCUUAACCAGGCCACAGACCCAAACAAUCAGGAGGACAGAUGGGACUGCAUCCAGAACUUCUACCAGCUUGUCAACCAAGAGACUGAUGGCCCACAGGUAGCCAUUCGCCUUCUUGCCCAUAAAAUCCAGUCACCACAGGAGAAACAGGCUCUGCAGGCUCUCACUGUUCUCGAGGCAUGUAUGAACAACUGUGGAAAGAGUUUCCACAGCGAGGCAGCCAAGUUUCGCUUUCUCAAUGAGCUCAUCAAACUGUUAACACCAAAGUACUUUGGCGCGUGGACUCCCCAGAAAGUUAAGGACCGAGUGACGGAGGUCCUCUACGGCUGGACUCUUUGGCUUAAAGAAGAACCUAAGAUUCAGGAAGCUUACUGCAUGCUCAAGAAACAAGGUAUUGUGAAGAAAGAUCCCAAACUACCAGACACAGUUAUAAUGGCACCUCCAACGCAAAGAACCACAGAAUCUGUUUUUGACCAGGAGGACAAGGCCAAGCUUCUAGCCAGAUUAUUAAAAAGUGCUCGCCCUGAAGACCUGGAAGCUGCCAACAGACUCAUUAAAAGCACCAUCAAAGAGGAGCAGGAGAAGGCAGAGAAAGUGUCAAAGCGCGAAUCUACUCUGGAGGAAGUAGAGAGCAGCACCAAACAGCUCAGAGAGCUACUGCACCAGCACACCAUCACUGGAAACUCGUUACAGCCCAGUGAUGACAUAAAGGCCCUGUACGAGCGCUGUGAUCGGCUGAGGCCCAGCUUGUUCCGCCUGGCCAGCGACACGAUGGACGACGACGUAGCUCUGACGCAGAUCCUGGCGGCUAACGACGAGCUAACUCUUGUAGUAAACGCCUAUAAAGACCGAGUGGGGAAGAGCGAGUGUAACGGGGGAAGGGAAAGAAGUAGAAGCGAGGAGAAUAAAAAUAAUGCUCCAGAGAGUCCCAGAGAGAUUAAAAGCUACCACCUCAUCGACCUGUCGGCACUGGACUCUCCACAGACGCGCAGAAAAAAUGCGGAUUCUCCACCAUCCUUUGAAUCCUUUUCACCCAUGUUUUCCUCUCUUCUGGAAAGUACCUUCCACUCAGUGGCUGAGCAGGACUUAAAUGAACUUGAGUUAGAUAAUCUGGUCUCAAAACAGACUCAACAGACUUCAAGGUCCUAUUACGAAGAACUGCUGCAGCUUAAUGGAGAGGUUCAGACGAAGAAGAAUGCUGAGCAGAAUGGAGGGAGAGGUGUUGUGUUGAGAGCCCGUGGAUGUGGAGGGGGCAGUACUACAUCAGAUGGGACUAACAUCUGGUCGCUUCCUUACCAUCAACAGUUUACAGAGUCAGGAUCAACAUCCCAGUCGCAGAAACAACUCACUGAAGUGUCGGGAUCUCCAGUGAAAUUAGAGGAGCGCUUGUUUACCCCACAACUCCUGCAAAACAUCUCUGUUCCAUUGGAGACCAUCAGACCCAGUAAUCUUGAGCCGAUCACCUUGUACGAUCAGGGCGGCGUCCACGUCUCCCUCCAUUUUGCCAAAGACUCCCCGACGGGUUAUCCAGGUGUCGCUGUGGUCGUCAUCUCCACAGUGAACACAUCUGCCCUCCAUGUGAAAGACUUCCUGUUUCAAGCUGCUGUUCCAAAGACCAUGUUGGUGAAACUUCAGCCUGCCUCAGUGACACACCUACCUCCUUACAACCCUCUCCUGCCCCCGCCCGCCGUCUCCCAGGUCCUCCUAUUGGUUAAUCCUCAAAAGCAAAAGGUGCGUCUAUGCUACAAGUUGACACUGACACAUGGAGACCAAAAGCUGAACGAGACCGGAGAGAUUGACAACUUUCCUGACUGGACCGCUUUGAUCUGCCACUAAAAAAACUUCUGAAACUUUGAAUAAAAAAACAAACAAACUCUGGACCUAA